UUUAAAUAUAAUAAAUAAAAAAACUCUUUAAAUCUCCCUUAUACUCUGUUUACGUUUCGCCAUCUUUCUCCUCUCGAUCAGUAACAGUCAUUUCGUGAUUAAUAACUAUUUUAUAAAAGCAAAGAAAUAUUUUAGGGUUUUGUUUUCUUUGGUUUUUUUGGUUGUUACUUACAGAGGGAAGAUUUUAGAUUAAUUAUUUUUGUUUAGAGAAUUUAAUUAAUUAUAAGAAAGAUGGGUUUUCUCCAUAAGCUUUGGGACGAAACGUUGGCAGGACCGGCACCGGAGACUGGGCUGGGAAAACUGCGUAAAUGUAAUUCAUUGUCUGUGGCGGCUGCCACCGCGGCGUCACGAGCAUCUCCUCCGGCGGAUGAGAUACUUAUUACUAGAAGUAUUACUAUUAUUAAGACUAAUAAUAAUUUAAAUUUGAAGAAUCUUUCGGUUGAUCCUGGUUCCGCUCCUGAUUCUCCUGCUUCUUCAGCUUGUACUCCUAGGACUCCAUUUACACCUGGGACACCACGAGGGGAAUUCAAGAAAUGGACGAGGCGGAAAACACCUGCUGAUGCAUUUGAACACACUGAUGACCCUACAAGUCCGACUGUUUACGAUUGGAUUGUGAUGAGUGCUUUGGACCGUUGAGAGAGGAUAUAUAAAUAUAGUGACGAUUUUGAUUGAAAAAUCGGCAGUAUAUGAUGACCAAAUUCUUGUACAUAUAUUUAUAGAGUGAGAACCGUUGAUCAUCUGUAUGUAUAUUUAGAUAUGAUGACAACUUAUAAAUAUACUAAUUAUCAAAUUAUAUAGAGUUUAAUUGUAAAUAAAAUUAUAAAUUUUAUAUAUUAUAGUAUAUUUUGUUAUUUACAACAUUAA